UUGCAACCACAUUAUUCAGUGGUGAAAAGUCGUUGCGUGCAGUCAUCCACUAAUCUCCAAACAAAUCGCGAACUUAAAUUCAUACUAAAAUGGCAUUCAAGUAUCUGAUCUUCGCCUCGGCCCUGUGCCUGAGCCUCGCCUAUCCGCUGGAGCACCAGCACCAGUACUACGAGGAGAGCCACGGCUACGAGCACCUGGCCCACCACGAGCCGGAGCCCGUCCACGAGUACGGACACCACCAGAUUGAGCGCAUCUCGCUGGGCGAGGAGCACGGACACAUCGACCACGCCGAGCCCCACUACGAGACCCACGAAUCCCAUGGCCAUGACGAACAUGUGGACUACUAUGCCCCUCCCAAGUACGCCUUCAAGUACGGAGUGAAUGACUUCCACACCGGAGAUGUGAAGUCGCAGCACGAGACCCGCGAUGGCGACACCGUCAAGGGCCAGUACUCGCUGGUGGAGCCCGAUGGUUCCAUCCGCACCGUGGACUACACCGCCGACAAGCACAAUGGCUUCAACGCCGUUGUCCACAAGACCGCCCCAGUGCAUCACCACGAGGAGCUGCACGAGCACCACUACUAAGCCAGCAACCACUGCGCACUAGAGUUAGCCAAAUUGCUCAUCAGCCGAAAGUUGGAGGAGGAUUAUGAGGAUUAGGAGGAGGGACAAGCAUCCACAUCGAUCGACCAUGGAAUCAGCUUCAUAUCUCGUAAUUAGGACAUCAGCACACACCCUGGCCAGGGACCACAUUCGAGGACUCUUACCUCAGAGUGGCCACGACCAUUUCAUUAACAUUUUGUAUAUUGUAUUUUAUUCUGUGAUAGCGAAUAACUUCUAUGUGUAUCUUCCGCUUUCAACUGAUCCUUAGUCACUACCUGCUCAGACGAAUUUACCAAUCACUCGACUGUAAACUGUAAACUUUAAUCCUUAAUCUAUAAUCUAUAAUCUGUAAUGUAUACUUAUGUCUUCUCGUAAAACUUGUUACAGAGAUCGAACGAACGAAUUGUAAAUUGUGUAAUAAAGUGUGAAUUAUGUACUUUUUAUAAAAUCAAAA